UCUCUUCUCGGGUUUACGAAUGGCCUCCUGCGACACAAGGAAAGAGUUUACCUUUGUGAUUAUUGGAGGAGGCAUCUCUGGAGUGUCAUGUGUAGAAUACUUGUCAUCGUUAUGUUCAGAAGAAACAAUCGCUCUUAUAACAGCUACAGAUAUAGUCAAAGCGACUUGCAACCUUAAGAAGUUCGGCAGAACACUAGAGGAAUUCGAUGUGGAGGAGAGAUCAGCUUCUUUACUGUUUGAACAGAGUCCUAAUGUUGUAAGCAUACAGUCAGUUGUCGUUGGUGUUCACCCUCAAGAGCACAGUAUUAUAACAGAGAGUGGUAACAAGUAUUACUACAAGAAGCUGUGCAUCUGUACAGGAGGAACACCCAACCUCAUCACCAGACAUCCUUGUGUUAUUGGCAUUAGAGAUACAGAGAGUGUAUUACAGUUAAAGAGUAAGCUUUCUCAGGCUCGUCGAGUAGCUAUUGUUGGAAAUGGGGGAAUAGCUUUAGAACUUGUGUAUGAGAUGUAUGAUUGCCAGAUAUUGUGGGCCAUUAAAGAUAAAACCAUCGGAAAUGCAUUCUUUGAUGAGGGAGCAGCCACUUUCUUUCUUCCCCACAUUGAAUCCAACCAACAAGUUUGGAAAGAAAAAAAGAAGUUUAUGACGCAUACUGUGAAGAGAAUGAAGUAUGGUAUAGAGACUGUUGAGAAUAAUAAGCAUGAAGCCUGUUAUCAUGGAAAUCCCUCCAACACUUUGAGUGGUGGAGCUUUGGGACCUGACUGGUGUUCAGACUUCUCUCUCUGUGGUGCCAGCAGCAAAGAGAAAGGUUACAGACAGGUUCAUGUGGAAUACAAAUGUGAAUUUAAACAACUACUUAACCCUGAAGAAUUAAAAAGGUGUGGUGAGAAAGAGUCACCCUUUCCAUCAUUAAACGAAAGUUUAUUAGAUUCUGCUGAUUGGCCAGUGUAUAUCCAACUUUCAAAUGGAAAAAUAUAUGGCUGUGACUUCAUAGUAUCAGCAACAGGUGUCGUUCCAAACACACAAUCAUUUGUAUCAUGUGCUCCAUUUGACACAGCAGAGGAUGGUGGUCUAUUGGUGAACUCAAAUAUGCAAACUAAUCUUGUAGACAUUUAUGCUGCUGGGGAUGUUUGCACCUUUGGAUGGGAUCCUGCACCUCACUGGUUGCAAAUGAGAUUGUGGAGCCAGGCACGGCAAAUGGGAAUGUUUGCAGCAAAGUGUAUUGCAGCUCAUUUUUCAAAUGAAAAAAUACCUUUGGACUUCUGUUUUGAAUUGUUUACUCAUGUAACUCAGUUUUUUGGAUAUAAAGUUGUUUUGCUAGGAAAAUUUAAUGCCCAAGGACUGGGAAAUGAUUAUGAGCUACUUCUGAGAUGUGCAAAGGGUGACGAGUAUGUGAAAGUUGUUUUGCAUGAAGACAAAAUGUGUGGAGCUGUUCUUAUUGGUGAAACAGAUCUAGAGGAGACCUUUGAAAACUUAAUUUUGAAUCAGACAGAUUUAAGUGCCAUCAAAGAUAUUUUGCUUAACCCUGAAAUUGAUAUUGAAGAUUACUUUGACUAAUAUAAAUGCAUGAAAUUAUCCUAUAAUGUAAAAUUUGA